AUGGAAGAAAAUAGAGAAGGUCAUGGCCUUGCAGAAGGCAAGAUUUUGUCUGUCUGGAUGAUUUUGUUUGUGGCAUUAGUUUUGUUGCCUUCGGUGUUUCGAGUGUCACUGGGGAUUUCUCAUUUCUAUGUGAAAAUUGUAAUUAAAAUGUUCGAGUGGGCCACCCUGCAGAUUGAGGAGGGAGUAAAAAAGCAGAAGGCGAUGGCACCUGAAAAUUUAAUCUCCACUGGAAUCAUCCAGAGAGAUGAGACCCCCAUGGAAGAGGAGGUUGUUGGCCGGUGCCGAGGGUGUUUCAGCCUUGCUGAUGUCAUGUACUUCUCCAAGAAGGGCUGUGAGGCUGUUGCAGAAGAUGAAGUCACUCACAGGUUCUCCUCCGAGGAGCUGCUGUCCUGGAAUCUCCUCAGCAGAACCAAUGCCAACCUGCACCAUGUCAGCUGGAAAGUGGCUGCUGUGUGGGUCACUGGCAUCCUAAUUCGGUAUUGCCUCCUGCUGCCUUUCCGCAUCUGCUUGUCUGUUUUCAGCAUCCUGUUGCUGGUGUUGGCCAGUACAGUAGUAGGACAGUUUCCAAAUGGCAGAGUUAAAGGCUGGCUGAGCAACCAGGUCCAGAUGAUAUGUGCCACCUUAGGUAUCCGAUGUCUGAGUGGUCUUGUUCAUUUCCACAACAGGGAAAACAAACCACAGGAAGGAGGCAUCUGUGUAGCCAACCAUACAUCUCCUUUGGAUGUCCUAAUCCUGGCCAGUGAUGGAUGCUAUUCCUUGGUUGGCCAGGUACAUGGAGGGCUUAUGGGACUUAUUCAAAAAUCCUGCAUGCAAAUCUCUCAUCAUGUCUUGUUUGAACGCUCAGAAAUGAAAGACCGUCACCUGGUGAGGAAAAAAAUCAGUGAACAUAUUGCAGAUAAGGCCAAGUUACCCAUUUUAAUUUUCCCAGAAGGCACCUGCAUUAACAACACAUCGGUAAUGAUGUUUAAGAAGGGAAGCUUUGAGGUAGGAGGAACCAUCCAUCCAGUAGCAAUCAAGUAUGACCCCCGCUUUGGAGAUGCCUUCUGGAACAGCACAAAGCAUUCCAUAAUGACCUAUGCUUUUAAUGUGUUAACCAGCUGGGCUAUUGUCUGCAAUGUGUGGUACCUGCCACCGAUGGUCAAAGAGGAAGAAGAAGAUGCUGUUCACUUUGCUGACAGAGUCAAGGCUGUCAUUGCUGCUCGGGCAGGAAUGUCUGUGCUUCCUUGGGAUGGGGGACUGAAAAGGAAAAAAGUCAAAGAGUCUUUCAAGGAAGAGCAACAGAAAAAAUAUUGCCAGAUAGUAAUAGAAAAUGGAUCAGUGGGAAACGGAAAUGUUUGUUAAAUGCUAUUUAUUUUAUCUCGUUUUUCUAUGACUUAUCUCUACCAGAAAAUACUGGUUUGAUAUUAAACCCAACAUGUUUUCCUUCUGUUCCUGUAAGAUAUUUUGCAUGUGACACAGCAGGGAAACUAUAAAGGAAACUAUAUAGAGAUUUCCUUAUUUAAAGCAAAGUACUAUAAUUUUAUAAAUAGG